CAAGAACAAACAGAUGAACUGUUAAAUCUCUGUCCCCUGAGUCCUUUGAGACCAGCCUGAACACUUCAGGACGACAAGGACUGCAAGCUGAAAUCAGAAAAAUGAGGACAGCUCUUAUUUUCCUCUGUCUUCUGGGGAUAGCAUGUGCUUUCUCAGUAAAAAACUUCCGCAGAAGAUUUAAGGCAGAUGAUUCAGAAGAGAAUGCAGUGUUGAAGAACAGAUAUAGGCAUUUUCUUUACAGAUAUCCUUACUACUACUACCCACAAAUGAAAAGACAGCAGUUUAACAGUGACUCAUCUGAAGAAGGCUAUGGUGGAGACAGUUCGGAAGAGGAGGAAGAAGAAGGAGAAGCGGGACCAUCAAAUGAAGAAAAUGAAGCUGAGCAGGAGAAAGAGGAGGCUACCGAAGCUCCUAGUGAACCAGCAACAGGAGACAAGAAGGGUGUUAGUGACUCCAAACCUCCAAAACAGAUGCCAGUAAAAAAAGAGCCUCUUGGGAAACCAGGAAAGGAAGGAGGGGCUAAAAAGGUUGAAAAGGACAAAGCUCCGGAAAAGGGUGGUAAAAAGGAAGAAGAAGACAGUGAUGAAAAUGAAGAGGAAGAAAACGAAGAGGAAGAAAAUGAAGAACAGGAGAAAGUAGAUGAGAACGGAAAUGGUGUGAAUGGUACAAGCACCAACAGUACUGCAGAAGAGAAUGGAAAUGGUGGCAAGGGGGAGGAGGAAGAAGAGGAAGAAGAGAAUGAGGCCACCACCAUCGUUCCAACCACCCUCUUCACCACUGUUGCCCCCACCACAGAAUAUCAGGACCAAUAUGACACCACCACAGAAGAACAAUGGCAUGCUGAGACCACCCCAGAAGAUCAAUGGCAAUAUGACACCACCACGGAAGACCCAUGGGUUCAUGAUACCACCACAACCACUGGUUAUGAAAAUGGCUAUGAAACCCAGACAGACUACUAUGGAAGUGAGAAUGGAUACCCACGGGGGGACACCUUCAGAGCGUACGAAGAUGAAUAUAGCUACUACAAAGGCCAUGGGUAUGAUGUUUAUGGCCAAGACUACUACUACAACCAAUGAAGAAAAUAAGUAAUCUCUUGGCGUAGUAAUUGUACACAUGUGUCUACUCAGGAAGAAGCUUUACAGUGUAACAUGGUGCUUGUUGAGCAAGAUAGAAAAGUAAUAUCUGGCAUUAUUUCUAAAUAAGAAAUACGUUCUUUUUUGACUGACUUGUGCUUUUGACCAGUAUUCAUGUAUCCUUUGUGGACUUCUGUAAAGUUUAUAGAUUUUGGGUUGUUUUUUUUAAAAAAGGUGCAAAUCAAAACAAUGUGUCCAAUGUAAUUAUUGUCCAAAACUGAAGUUUGUUGUAUUCUGAAUAUGCUUAUAUUAAAGCCAAGAUGUGUUUUGAAACAA